AAAGCAAAAGGCACAUAUUUGGAGUUAUGAAUUGGUUAGGAAAGAAUAGAGAAAAAGAAUAAAAAGGUGUUAAAGCUCAAGAAAUAGAAUGAGAAUUACUUGUACUUCUAAAUACAACAAAGAAUCUAGCUCUUAUUUUUCAUUCCUAUGCACUACUUAAUAAACAAAAGACAAACUAACUUCAUUUCCAAAAUCCAAACAUGGAGUACUCUAUUCAUCAAAAUUUGAUCCAAAACUACGACGAUGAAGAAGAAGAGGAGGAAAGUGAUGACACCGGAUCACAUUUCUUGUAUGUUUCCAAUGCAAUCCUCAGUGGCACUGCUCGUCUCAACAUUUUGUUGCCUACCGCCACCAUCCUUGCCUUCACCAUAUUCGCUCCUUUGUUAACAAACGAUGGAGUUUGCGAUUCUUUGAAUCGUUGGCUAAUGGGGUCAUUCGUUGCCCUAUGUGCAGCCUCAUGUGUGUUCUUCACCUUCACCGAUAGCUUCAAAACAACCUCGGGGAGAUUGUACUAUGGAGUGGCGACCUUUAGAGGAAUAUGGACUUUCAAUGCUUCGAGAAAGAAGCCUUGUGUGUCGUCCGAUUAUAGGUUGAGAUGUGUUGAUUUCUUCCAUGCUUUGCUUUCUUUGAUUGCCUUUCUUGCAUUUGCAGGGUCACACAUUGAUGUUGUGGGGUGUUAUUACCCUGCAUUGCCUAGGAAAGUUACUAACACUAUGCCUCUUGUGGUUGGUUUUGUAGUAAGUGUGUUGUUUGUGGUUUUUCCUUCUAAGAGAAGGGGAAUUGGGUAUCCUUUCUUGCUACAUAAAGAAGCCUUGUACUCUAGAUGUUGAUACAAUAAUUUGGCUUUGGUUUGUUUCCUCUUUGCAGUAAUAUCUUUGUUUUGACUCGAUGAAAAAUAAUUUAUUUUCAUUCUA